AUGUCUUCAAAUACUCAUGAACCUGUUAUUGUGGUUGGCGCCAGCCUGGUUGGACUGUCCGCAGCUCUGUGCUUAGCCUCGCACCAAGUGCCAACCAUCGUCCUCGAAAAACACUCUGGCAUCUCAAAACACCCUCGCGCUAUUGGGUUCACCGCCCGAACAAUGGAAAUUUAUAGAUCUCUUGGUAUCGAGAACAAGGAUCCCGCGCCGGAGGAUUUUGUUCUCGAGCGUGCUCAUGUUGAGAGUAUUACCGGGCAAUGGCACAGCAGUUCAUCAUGGGCCGACACGGAGAAAAGCUCGAAACCUUGGAGAUCCCAGGAGACUGCUUCAAAACCUUCCGUUUCUAAGAGGGAAUAUUCCGCUUCCCGGGGAUCGGCUAUUCCGCAAGACAAAUUGGAACCAAUGCUUGAGAGGUUGGCCCUUGAGCGUGGUGCAGACAUUCGGCGACAACAUACACUUUUGCGGGUUGACCAGGACCAAGACGGUGUGAUCGUCAUCGCGAAAGACGCGCAUGGGAAAGAAAUCCAUAUUCGAGGCUCGUACCUCAUUUCAGCAGACGGGAACCGUAGCUCUGUCCGCGAGCUACUGCAAAUUCCCCGAAACGGCCGCGGCCACAUGCAAUAUCUUCGCAGUGUAUUGUUUCAUGCCCCAUUGGAACAAUGGACAAAAGGGAUCGUCCAAUUUGAUAUUGAACAACCUGGCCUCAAAGCUUUCCUGGCAUCCUACAGCGACGGACGAUGGGCUCUGAUGUUUAAAGACGAUAUCGAACGCGACGAGAAGGCUCUCCGGGCUAGUAUCUAUCAGGCUGUCGGGAAAUCCGACUUUCCCCUGGAAAUCAUCACCACUGGUCGGUGGGAACUUACUGCUCUGGUGGCCGACACCUUUCAGUCUGGGCGAAUCUUUCUGGCCGGAGAUGCUGCUCAUACUUUGCCGCCAAACCGGGGCGGAUAUGGCGCCAAUACGGGGAUCCAUGACGUUCAUAAUCUGGCAUGGAAGCUCGCAGCCGUUCUCUCUGGAAGAUCCUCGCCUAGACUUUUGGAUACCUAUGAUGCAGAAAGACGCCCGGUGGCUCUUCUUCGACAUGAUCAAAUCUUUGUUCGCACCGAUUACAAAGUGCAUCUGGACACUGCCGCUUCGCGCGGCGAGAAGAUUGACGACGAUGCCAUGGAGUUUGGUCAGAUUUAUUUGUCCGAGGGCUUUGUUGGUGUUGACAAGAGUCUUCCAGGCGCAUUGAAGCCUGAUGAGUGGAACGGCCAACCUGGGACGCAUAUCCCACAUUUGUGGGUUCGUCAAAAUGAAAACAGGGUGCCCCUUCUUGAUAUUGCCAGGUCAGACUCGUGGACCUUAUUCUCGGAAACUGAGGAGUGGAAGAACGUUGCGUCAUCUGCAAGUGCGAAAUUAUCGAUGCCGCUUUGUUUCAUUCAUAUUGGCCAAGAUAUUAUUCCGCAAGGUGACUUCCGACAGUCUUUUGGGGUUUCUGGAACAGGAGCCGCUCUUGUUCGUCCCGAUGGUCAUAUUGCGUGGAGAGCAAAGGAAAUCCCAACCAACGUGAAUGAGAUCUUUGAAAAUGUUUUCUCCAGGGUGGCUUUUGCGAAAAAAUAG